AUGGCAGAAGUACCUGAACUCGCCAGUGAAAUGAUGGCUUACUACAGCGGCAACGAGGAUGACUUGUUCUUUGACGUCGAUGGCCCUAAACAGAUGAAGUGCUCCUUCCAGGAUCUAGACCUCUGCCCUCUGGAUGGUGGCAUCCAGCUACAAAUCUCCCACGAGCACUACAACGAGGGCUUCCGGCAGGCCGUGUCAGUUGUUGUAGCCAUGGAGAAGCUAAGGAAGAUGCUGGUUCCCUGCCCACAGAUCUUCCAGGACAAUGACCUGAGCACCUUGAUUCCCUUCAUCUUUGAAGAAGAACCUGUCUUCCUCGACACACGCAAUAACGACGCUUGUGUGCAUGAUGCACCUGUACGAUCACUGCACUGCACACUCCGGGAUGCACAGCUCAAAAGCUUGGUGAUGUCUGGUCCAUAUGAACUGAAAGCUCUCCACCUCCAGGGACAGGAUCUGGAGCAACAAGUGGUGUUCUCCAUGUCCUUUGUACAAGGAGAAGAAAGUAAUGACAAAAUACCUGUGGCCUUGGGCCUCAAGGCAAAGAAUCUGUACCUGUCCUGUGUGUUGAAAGAUGAUAAGCCCACGCUACAGCUGGAGAGUGUAGAUCCCAAAAACUACCCAAAGAAGAAGAUGGAAAAGCGAUUUGUCUUCAACAAGAUAGAAAUCAAUAACAAGCUGGAAUUCGAGUCUGCCCAAUUCCCCAACUGGUACAUCAGCACCUCUCAAGCGGAAAACAUGCCCGUCUUCCUGGGAGGGACCAGAGGUGGCCAGGAUAUAACUGACUUCACCAUGCAAUUUGUGUCUU